GUUCCAAGGUCGUCACCGGACCAACUGGGUCGAGGAAGAUGAUGCAGUGGAUCAGCUACACGCCAUUGCCGGCCAAAUAGAAUACUCCCCCAAAGUGGACAAUCAAACCGUGUUUCCCCCAGCUUUCCUUCAACCCCGACGUCCUUGACAAUAGCAAUGCCCUUCUCUUGUCCUUUGCCACCAUCUCCAGCAUACAAAGGCGUCCCUUCCCACCAUCGUCCACCUCCUCCACCCCUCCGAAGCCGGUGUUCGAACCAGAGAUGGAAGAAGAUGGACAUAAAAAGGACGCCACGGCAUCGAGCGAAGAGACCAGCUCUGCGGAGCCGACGGGGCACGAUGACGCAGGAACCAAGCGGCCGUACUACGAGUGCACCUUCUGCAAGAGGGGUUUCUCCAACGCGCAAGCUUUAGGGGGGCACAUGAACAUCCACCGGAAAGAUCGAGCCAGGGAGCGGCCUUCGGUCUUGGAGAGGACCGAGGACGACUCGGACGGCUACCGACACCGCGACCAGUACGCUAACAGCUGCAGCGCCUUCUACCGCCCUCCGGCCUUCGAGCCAUUGAAGGGUUACACCAUGUACUUCCCACCUGCGUCGUCAUCGUCGCCAUCAACCGGAAGGGACGAGGCGAGGAUGAGUGUGGCAAGCGGCUCGCAGAUGACACACGACACGAGCCGCUUCGGUGAAGACCUACGCUUGGGCUUGACCACUCAUGGUGGAGAAGGGAGGCAGGAGGAGGAGGAAGGAGCUGAACUGGAUCUGGAGCUGAGGCUCGGCCAUCAACCAUAACCAAAGUUAGUGUCCAGUAUACAGCUAAGUAUUCUCUUUGUACAGUUUGUGUUACUUGUGGUUCAGUUACUCUGCAUGUGAAU